AUGGCAGACAACCACCACCAAGUCCAUCCGGAGACAAACAACGAGACGCCGAACGCACCAGACCGCGGACUAGAGAAGGGUGGGACAUCGACGAGCUCGCAAUUAUUCAAGAAGCGGAAAAAGAAGAUCCCACAGAACCAGAUCAGGAAACGGACGAUUGAUUCUGAGCCUGUAACGACUACCACCCAGGAUGACAGUGAAAAGGAUAACGAGCCUUCUGUGGUUAAUAAGAACAAGAAGUCAAAACUAGAAGCAGAAGAUGAUGACGACUCGAAGCCGCAAGCAGUCGGCGUGGCCUACCAAGCCCUAGGCUCGGCACGACAACAGGCCGAGGAGAGCUACCAGAAAGCGAUCCUGGAGAAGCGGGAGCUAGGUCAACAGGCGCGCGAAGGACUCAGCCAGGACCAGGCCGAACUCGAAGCAGACACGGAGUCCAAGGUUUAUCUUGGCACGUCCAAGAGUAAGUAUCAGCUUCCCAAGGGUUCCCAGAAGUAUGGUCCCAUCAAGGGUGGACCGAACAACAUCAAAACCAUCACCGUCGUCGAUUACCAGCCAGACGUCUGUAAAGAUUACAAAGAGACUGGUUACUGUGGCUUUGGUGAUACGUGUAAAGUUUUUUCUUGCAUGAUCGAGCCGUUCAACGACCCGAUCGUGACUAAGUGUCAGCACUACUUCUGUUCUGGUUGUGCGAUCAAGCGGUUCGCGAAGACGCCGAAGUGCUUCGCGUGUGGGACGCCAACGAGCGGGAUUUUCAACAAAGCGAGUCGGAUCAUCGAAAAGAUGAACGCAAAACAGGAACGGAUCAAGCGACAGAAAGAGGAACGGAGACUGGAGGAGGAAGGCCUCGCCGGGAUCGAGGGCCUCGAGACUCGACCUUCUGCCAACCAGGCUCUGGACGACGAGGAACAAGGGUCUGAGCGUAGUUUCUACGAAGAUGAAUAG